AGUACAGAGAUGAUAGGAGCAAAGACCAGUAAAGAGGGAGGUUGUAGUAGUCUAUGUAAGGUGUGACUGAAACGUGAAUUAGAGUUUUAGCAGUAAAUAUAGAAGGGAAAGGGUAAGCCUUGGAUGGGUGUUGAGGAGUAGGAAUUGACAGCAUCCUAGGAUUUCUGGAAGACAGAAGAUAUAACAGCGGCAUUUGUGAUAUGAUGAAGAAGGAACAAACGGAAUUAGAAUUUCCAUUGCUAGCAUCAUCAUCCCAGCUGUCAACAGGAUAUUCUGGGGAAAAUAUCUGCUGGUCUGUUAAAUGUGUUUGGUUAUAUGAAAUAGGAACAGUUUGUAGUCCUAUUUCUUAGCAAAGUAUGUAAGCAGCAGAAUUGAGAAUAACCAGUCUCACUUCAUGCACACUAGUUAAAAAUAGAACAGAGACAGUCUUACUAGGUAAAAGUAUAAAACUUUUCAUAUGUUCAGGAAACAUAGGCUCUAGCUUAGAUAGAAAAAGUAGAAGUCUUAGUCCGUAGUAAGGAUCAUCUUGGAAGAGAAGCAUGUGUGUGCUUCUCAAUCUCUCAAUCUUAAUGGAGAAUAUGCAAAAAGGAUCAAUAUCCCUUAACAAAGGAAAGAGGAAGAGAAGGUAUAGCUAGCAGCAGCAUGGAAUGCUCCUGUGGACGCAACCACUUCACUUGUGCUGUUAGUGCCUUUGGCGAGUGUACAUGCAUCCCUGCUCAGUGGCAGUGUGACGGUGACAAUGACUGCGGGGACCACAGUGAUGAAGAUGGCUGCAUGCUGCCCACUUGCUCCCCCUUGGAUUUUCACUGUGAUAAUGGCAAAUGCAUCCGUCGCUCAUGGGUCUGUGAUGGAGACAAUGACUGCGAAGAUGAUUCUGAUGAGCAAGACUGCCCUCCACGGGAAUGUGAGGAGGAUGAGUUUUCAUGCCAGAACGGAUACUGCAUACGCAGCCUAUGGCACUGUGAUGGUGACAAUGACUGCGGGGACAACAGCGAUGAACAAUGUGAUAUGAGGAAGUGUUCAGACAAAGAGUUCCGCUGCAAUGAUGGUAGCUGCAUAGCAGAACACUGGUUCUGUGAUGGUGACACAGACUGCAAGGAUGGCUCAGAUGAAGAGAACUGCCCAUCAGAUAUUCCAGCAGCAACGUGUAGCCUGGAGGAAUUCCAGUGUGCAUAUGGGCGCUGUAUCCUGGACAUCUACCACUGUGAUGGAGAUGAUGACUGUGGGGACUGGUCUGAUGAAUCUGACUGCUCCUCUCACCAGCCAUGCCGCUCUGGGGAGUUCAUGUGCAACAAUGGUUUGUGCAUUAAUGCUGGAUGGAGAUGUGAUAGUGACUUUGACUGUGAUGACCAGUCGGAUGAGAAGAACUGCACAACAUCUAUGUGCACAGCUGAUCAGUUCCGCUGUAAAUCUGGCCGCUGUGUUCGCUUGUCUUGGCGCUGUGAUGGAGAGGAUGAUUGUGGUGAUUACAGUGAUGAGGAAAACUGUGAGGAUACAGGAAGUCCCCAGUGUGCUCCUGAUCAAUUUCUGUGCCGAAACGGACGCUGUAUCGGCCAAAGAAAACUGUGCAAUGGUGCAAAUGACUGCGGAGAUGGCAGUGAUGAAAGCCCUGACCAAAACUGCCGUCUUCGAACUGGAGAGGAAAACUGUAACCUCAGCAAUGGGGGCUGUGCCCAGAAGUGCCAGAUGACUCGAGGGAUGGUGCAGUGUACCUGCCAUACCGGUUACAGGCUCCUGGAGGAUGGGAGGUCAUGUCAAGAUGUGAAUGAAUGUGCUGAGGAAGGCUAUUGCAGCCAGGGAUGCACCAACAGUGAGGGUGGUUUCCAGUGCUGGUGUGAGCAAGGUUAUGAACUUCGCCCGGACAAGCGCAGCUGUAAAGCCUUGGGGCCAGAGCCUGUGUUGCUUUUUGCCAAUCGGAUUGAUAUCCGGCAGGUCUUACCCCACCGGUCAGAGUAUACCUUACUCCUGAACAACCUAGAAAAUGCUAUUGCACUUGAUUUCCACCAUAGCAAGGAGUUAGUGUUCUGGUCUGAUGUAACACUGGACCGCAUCAUGAGGGCUAACCUGAAUGGCAGCAAUGUAGAGGAAGUGGUGUCUACAGGAUUGGAGAGUCCAGGUGGAUUGGCCAUUGACUGGAUCCAUGACAAGCUGUACUGGACAGACUCUGGGACAUCUCGCAUUGAAGUAGCAAACUUGGAUGGGACCCACAGGAAGGUGCUUCUCUGGCAGAACCUGGAAAAACCUCGUGCAAUUGCCCUUCACCCCAUGGAGGGUACCAUCUACUGGACAGAUUGGGGAAAUACACCUCGCAUUGAAUACUCCAGCAUGGAUGGCUCCAAUCGCCGCAUCAUUGCUGACACUCAUCUUUUCUGGCCAAAUGGGCUAACCAUUGACUAUGCAGGGCAUCGAAUGUACUGGGUAGAUGCCAAGCAUCAUGUUAUUGAGAGGGCUGACUUGGAUGGACAGAACAGGAAGGCUGUUAUUAGCCAAGGCCUUCCACAUCCUUUUGCCAUCACAGUAUUUGAAGACAGCCUGUACUGGACAGAUUGGCAUACUAAGAGUAUAAACAGUGCCAACAAAUUUACUGGCAAGAAUCAGGAGAUCAUCCGCAACAAGCUUCAUUUCCCCAUGGAUAUUCACACACUGCACCCUCAACGUCAACCAGCAGCAGGGAGAAAUCAUUGUGGAACUAACAAUGGGGACUGCACUCACCUGUGCCUACCAAACAACAAGUCAUACACCUGUGCCUGCCCCACAGGCUUUCGAAAGACCAGCAGCCACACCUGUGCUCAGAGUCUUGACAAGUUCCUGCUUUUUGCCCGAAGGAUGGACAUCCGUCGUAUCAGCUUCGACACAGAAGACCUGUCUGAUGAUGUCAUCCCCUUGGCUGAUGUACGCAGUGCUGUGGCACUGGACUGGGAUGCAAAGGAUGACUAUGUCUACUGGACAGAUGUUGGCACUGAUUCCAUUAGUCGGGCAAAAUGGGAUGGAACAGGACAGGAGGUUGUGGCAGAUAGCAGCUUGCAAAGCCCAGCUGGUCUGGCUGUUGAUUGGGUCACCAACAAGUUGUACUGGACAGAUGCAGGAACUGACCGGAUAGAAGUGUCCAACUCGGAUGGGACUAUGCGGACUGUACUGAUAUGGGAGAAUCUAGACAGACCCAGAGAUAUUGUGGUGGACCCUGUUGGAGGAUUCAUGUACUGGACUGACUGGGGAGGUAGUCCGAAGAUUGAACGUGCAGGCAUGGAUGCCUCUAAUCGCUUGGUGAUAAUCUCUUCCAACCUGACAUGGCCCAACGGACUAGCCAUUGACUACGAGUUCCAGCGUCUGUACUGGGCAGAUGCUGGCAUGAAGACAAUUGAGUAUGCUGGCUUGGACGGCAGCGAUAGGAAGGUGUUGAUUGGAAGUAAUCUGCCUCACCCUUUUGGGCUUACACUUUAUGGAGCUCGGAUCUACUGGACUGAUUGGCAGGCGAAGAGCAUCCAGAGUGCUGACAAAAGGACAGGACAGAAUCGUGAAACUCUGCAAGACAAUCUGGAAAACCUCAUGGACAUCCACGUCUUUCAUCGGCACAGGCCUGCAGUACAUACAGCAUGUACAGUUAAUAAUGGUGGAUGCAGUCAUCUUUGCCUCCUGGCUCCUCUCCCUAAAGGUUACAGCUGUACUUGUCCCACUGGUAUCAACCUACAGUCAGAUGGCAAGACUUGCUUACCAGGAAUGACUAACUUCCUAAUUUUUGCUAGAAGAUCGGAUAUACGGCUGGUUUCACUUGACAUCCCGUAUUUUGCUGACGUAGUUGUUUCAGUCAAUGUUACCAUGAAAAACACCAUUGCCAUUGGAGUAGACCCUCAAGAAGGAAAGGUCUAUUGGUCAGAUAGCACACUGAGGAAGAUCAGCAGGGCUGCCCUGGAUGGCACCCAGUAUGAAGAUAUCAUUACUACAGGGUUGCAGACCACAGAUGGUUUAGCAGUGGAUGCUAUUGGUCGUAAAGUAUAUUGGACUGACACAGGAACCAAUAGGAUUGAAGUGGGUAACCUGGAUGGGGCAAUGAGGAAAGUUUUAGUGUGGGAAAACCUGGACAGCCCAAGAGCAAUUGCCCUGUAUCAUGAGAUGGGUUUUAUGUAUUGGACAGAUUGGGGUGAGAAUGCCAAGCUGGAACGAGCUGGAAUGGAUGGCUCCAAACGCAUGGUGCUUAUCAGUAACAACCUGGGAUGGCCAAAUGGACUAGCUGUGGAUAGGGCCGGAUCACAGCUGCUCUGGGCUGAUGCACAUACUGAGCGCAUUGAGGCUGCAGACCUGAAUGGUGCAAACCGCCGCACCUUGCUUUCUCCAGUACAGCACCCUUAUGGCCUCACUCUACUGGAUUCCUACAUCUACUGGACCGAUUGGCAAACACGUAGCAUUCACAGGGCUGAUAAGAAUACUGGUGCUAAUGUCAUCUUGGUCAGGGCAAAUCUGCCUGGUCUAAUGGACAUCCAGGCUAUUGACAGGGAACGCCCUCUUGGUGCUAACAAGUGUGGCAUGAAGAAUGGUGGAUGCUCCCACCUCUGCCUACCAAACCCUGAAGGCUUCUCUUGUGCCUGCCCUACUGGUAUCCAGUUAAAGAGUGAUGAGAGGACCUGUGAUCCUUCUCCUGAAACCUACCUGCUCUUCUCUAGCCGUGGAUCCAUCCGGCGUAUCUCACUGGACACUACCGAUCACACUGAUGUUCACGUCCCUGUCCCAGAGCUGAACAAUGUUAUCUCUCUGGACUAUGACAGUGUAGAUGGCAAGAUUUACUACACAGAUGUCCUCUUAGAUGUCAUCAGGCGAGCAGACCUGAAUGGCAGCAAUAUGGAAACUGUUAUUGGCCAAGGACUGAAGACUACAGAUGGUCUAGCUGUGGACUGGGUGGCUAGGAAUCUGUACUGGACAGACACUGGCCGCAACACUAUUGAAGUUGCAAGGCUAGAUGGCAGCUGCAGGAAAGUUCUAAUUAAUAACCAUCUGGAUGAACCCCGAGCAAUUGCUGUCUUUCCCAGGAAGGGAUACCUCUUCUGGACAGACUGGGGGCAAGUUGCUAAAAUUGAACGUGCAAACUUGGAUGGUUCUGAGCGCAAGAUAUUGAUCAAUACUGACUUAGGUUGGCCCAAUGGGCUGACCUUAGAUUAUGACACCAGGAGGAUUUAUUGGGUAGAUGCUCAUCUAGACCGCAUAGAGAGUGCUGAUCUCAAUGGGAAGUUGCGUCAGGUGCUGGUCAGCCAAGUGUCGCAUCCCUUUGCCUUGACACAGCAGGACAGGUGGCUCUAUUGGACCGACUGGAAAACUAAAUCUAUCCAGCGAGUGGAUAAAUACUCUGGUCGGAAUAAGGAGACCGUAUUAGCCAAUGUUGAAGGACUUAUGGAUAUCAUUGUAGUCUCUCCUCAAAGGCAGACAGGCACAAAUGCUUGUGGAGUGAAUAAUGGAGGCUGUACCCACCUCUGCUUUGCCAGGGUGUCCGAUUUUGUUUGUGUAUGUCCAGAUGAAGCAGAUGGACGGCCUUGUUCCAAUGUUCCUGGGAUGGGGCCUCCGAUUCCUGAGACCACACGUGCAAGCAAAAAGAGUCAGACUCCUGCCGGUAGAUCUGGCUCUUCAACAACCAAACCCCAAGUAUCCUUGGAAGCAACAGAAGGAAACUGCUCUGAUAAAAAGGUUGGCCAAGACUUGUGCAGCCGAGCAAGCAAAGCUGUGCCAGCAAUCACUGGAGGACUGCAUGUCAGUUACAUUAUUGGUGGCCUUCUCAGUAUAUUGAUCAUUCUGCUGCUAUUUGGUGCUGUGAUUAUAUACAGACACAAGAAGUCCAAGUUCACAGACCCUAACCUGGGCAACCUUACCUACAGUAACCCCUCUUACCGAACAUCUACCCAAGAGGUGAAGAUCGAAACUGUUCCCAAGCCAGCCAUGUAUAAUCAGCUAUGCUAUAAGGAGGCUGGCCCUGAUCAUAGCUACACCAAGGAGAAGAUCAGAAUUGUUGAAGGAAUAUGCCUCUUGUCCGGCGACGAAUCCGAAUGGGAUGACCUCAAACAGAUACGAAGUUCUAGGGGAUGUAUUCUCCGUGACCAUGUCUGCAUGAAGACUGACACGGUCUCUAUCCAAGCCAGCUCUGGCUCACUGGAUGAUACUGAAACUGAGCAACUGUUGCAGGAGGAGCAAUCAGAAUGCAGCAGCAUCAAUGCAGCAGCUACUCCUGAGCGCCGUGGCUCCCUUCCAGACACAGGCUGGAAGCACCAACGCAAGCCUUCCACAGAGAGUGAUGUCUAAGGCACAUCCAGACAGACACUUGUCCCUCCUUCUCUGUCACCUUUCGCACUGAUAAGAUUCUUCACCUAUUCCAGGAGAAACGCAGAGACUUGCCUCUAUGUCACAUAGAGCCCAGAGACUGCCUUUUCGAGAGGAGCCUGAGCUGGACUGUGCCUUCGUGACUGGUGGGACACACCCCAGAGACCCUGUUGGCUCACGGUUUAUUUAUAAUGUCCCUCUUUUUCUAGAAGCUUUUCUCAGCUGUGUCUGACACAGCUUUCAUUCGAUUUAGUGCACAAGCUAUCCAAGGACCCUAUACCACCAUUUGCCAGAGUUUCUGAACUUCCCUGCUCCUGCUGCCUUUCUUCAGAGGCUGUUGGCACUAACUAGAUUUUGCACUGGUUCUGUCUAACUUGAAUGAAAGAGCUUGGGGCCUGGUAGAAGUGCCUGAAGUGAUGUAACAGCAGGUCACCUUUGCAGAUACUUGUGCAGGCAGAGCAAAUGACAGUUGUAAUUUCAUUGGACAGGAUACUAAAAUAUCACUGCCACUUUUUAAGCUGUACAAAACCACUGCCAAAUCCACCAUAGGGUGCAAAGAGUCCAAAGGGUCAGGCAUUCAAGUCUGUUGCUGGCAACAGACCAUGCUCCUGCUGUGUCCAGUUUAGUAUGCCAGAAUACCCACACCCUUCCUAAAACAUACUUUCACAGAUUGAACUUACACAUCUGUUCCCUGGAGGGACAACUUGGUUUUUUAUAAUUGCACUUCCUAUUAGCUUUGACUUGCAAGGAAAAUGCUGGAUGCAAUGGUCUUGUAUCAUAACUCUUAGUCAACUGACAGGCUCAUCCUGUGGAAAUGUUUGCUACUGAAAACAAUGUUAGCCUGUGGAACACGAGUGGGCAAUAUGUUUGUUUUUUAAAAAUGGAAUAGAAUUGGACAGCAGGUGUACUCAAAACACUGAGCGCAAACUCCAGCUCCAUCAUGUUGCUGGACAACCCAGUAGGGAACAUAUUCUAAGCCUUUUCUUGCCAGUGUUUCUUGUUAGAAAUUCUGAAAGGAUGGGCCUGCUCGCACCUUCUUCUGAUAUCUGCUGUUUAGGUUGAGCAGUGAAAGUGUGGUGUCAAAAAGUGGGUGUGUGCAAUUGAGAGGUGAUGAAUGUGAUAGGCAAAGGCAGACAGCUAAUAAGGCUGGGCACUAUGACUGUAUAAAGUUCCUCCCCUCCUCACUACAACUAGUUAAGAUGUCACUAUUUCCAAGCUAUGAAAGGAGAUCCAAGGCUGAAAACUGCCUUUUCAAAAUGUGUGCUUUGCAGGUGGUGGUUUGUGCAACAAGUAUUUAUUGCACUAGUUCCAGACAUGAUUUGGCAAGAUAGCACUUACACUGCAGGAAUGUUCUAUUCAGAGCUAUUAACCACAAUAUUUGUUCUCUGGGAAAAUUCACCACUAUCCCCCACCCCAAUCCUGCAAGUGCCUCUCUCAUUAGUACAUGAUACAUGGACUGUACUUGUGUGACUAUGACAUCACUCUGAAGAACAGCACAAGUUCCCUGUGCUUAUACCAUUUUGUGAUCUGAUUGCUUCCUCCUGUAUAGUUCAAGCAGGGAGGGUAUAAGUGUUAAGAAAUGAACAGUGAUGGAACUCUAGCAAGGUUAUUCCCUUUCAAUACUGUCCCAUUGAGUUAUUUUUAAUAGUUAUUUGGGAGGGCUGUGCACUCCAUUUCCCCCACUGGCACACACAUCCAACCACCCUUUUACACCUUUCCCUUUGUAACAAAUCUAUAUCUCUAUCAGUAAGGCAAUCCUCCCCCUUAUGCAUUCCAUUGGGUUAAGUAUUUUAUUGCAAACCUAAAACCAUAAUAUGUGAACAUGAUAAAUGUGCAUUUUCAA